CAUACUGUAUAUCUUGACCUUAGAAAGUGUAAUCUAGAGAAGAAAUGUUCUUAUCUUUAUCCUAGAACAGAUUGUAAUAAUUUCUCGCAUGAUUUCAAAGAGAGCUUUGGAGAGAUCACUCACUGAAAGGAGUUUUUGAGACUCACUGGUGAUUGGCUGAGAUGUUCUGAUAAACAUGAUAAACUUGUGUGUAUAAAACUGAGGGAAACAUUGAGGUUAUUUGUCUGGUUUUGUGUCUUUGGUUGCAUUCAAAGAUGUGGAAAUUGGCUUUUCCUUUCCUGGCAGUUCUGCUUGCUGUCGGGUUCGGUCAGGAACCAGAAGGCUUGAUAGAGGUAGCAGCCAACGAUCCAGAAGUCCAGGAAGCUUUGAGGUUUGCCAUAGACGAAUACAACAAAGCCUCCACAGAUAUUUACCUUUACAAAGCGAUAAAGGUCAUAAAAGUUCAGAGAAAGUACCUUGAAGGUUACCAGUACACCAUAAUUGUGAUUAUUGCAAGAACCCUGUGCAAAAAGGGCAGCAUGGGUAACUGGUGCCCUCCCUUCAUGAAUCCAGAUAAGGCUCAGUCUUAUCGAUGCAAAUUUGUUGUGCACAACAAUGGAUGGUUGGGACGCUGGGUGAUGGUGGAACAGAGGUGCUCUUAGGAGCACACUACCUGGAUUCAUCUGGAUUGAAGAUGUUUCUAAGUUCGCUUGAACUGUGAAACACUAAAAUAACAUU